AUGGCAUUUGGUAAAGACAAUUCAGAUGACGGAGUUUAUUAUAUCGACCCAAGUAACGGGAAUAAAACGGGUGCUCCAUCACAACUUUCCCAAUCAAAUACGUUAUUCCGAUUAGUUGGUAAUGGAAAGAUUAAAGAAGAUCGAUCAAAAACAUGGUAUACGCCACCAAAUAAACCACCACCGGCUUAUUAUCGGAUCCACACAGGACAAGCUGAUAAGAAGAUUUAUGACAUCGAAUAUUGGUUAUUUUAUCCUUAUAAUGGUCCAACUAGUUUAGGUGUAAUCCUUCAUGAAGGAGAUUGGCAACAAGUCACCGCAAGAGUUUAUGUUGAUGAAAAUGCAAAGGAUGAUGAACCGAAAUCCCAGGUGUUGGGAGUUUGGAUGUCCGCUCAUACGGAAGGAAGUUGGUGGGCCCCAUCCAUUUAUAAAUCUAAUGGUUCAGAUAUAGGUCCAUUAGAUUUCGAAGAAGGACGUCCUAUCGUUUAUAGUGCGAUUAAUACUCAUGCAAAUUAUGAUACCGAUAGGCAAUUUGAUGAGAAAACUAAUGUGAUAAAUAAUUGGGUCAAAUUUAGAGGGAAAUGGGGAAGGUACGUUGAUUAUUUGGUGGGCAUUGGAUCAGGACCCAUCACUCCAAUUGAAGCUGGAAAUAUUAAUGAUCCUGCUCAAUGGAAAUCCCAAAAGUUCCCAUUUGAUCCCAUUCCAAAAUAA